AUGUACAAAAGCAGCUACGCGCACGAGGUGCGCCGGGAGAAGUACGAGCGCUCGGACGUCUUCGACGAGGAUCCCGCGGAGUCGUCUGCGGGCAUGUCGGCCAUCCAAGGCUGGGAGAGCCUCCAGGAGCUCAACGGCCGCUUCGCCCGCUACAUCAACAGGGCGCGAGUCCUGGAGCAGCGCAACGCCGUGUUCCGCAAGCAGCUGGAGACGCUGCAGCGGAUGGAGGAGCCCAGCGGCCUGGAGGAGGCCUUCACGCAGCAGACUGAGGUCAACAGGAAGCGCAUCCGAGAGCUGUCCUCGGACCAGGCCAAGCUGGAGCGGGAGCUGAAAGAUGCUUGCCGAAUGCUGGAUGAGUUCACCUGCAAAUAUAGAAAUGAAUGUGAGCUUCAAGAGCAGCUUCGGGGUACACUGGAACAAAUGAACAAGGAGGCCGACAGCGCUCUCCUGAGAAACCUGGAAUAUCAGAUCCAAUCACAGUUCCUGCAGGACGACGUCAACUCCACCAGAGACCGACACAAGAAGAACCUGGCAGAGAUCCAGACAUAUGUAAACAUUUUAAAGCAAAUCAACCACACACUCCCCCUUGCUCCCAAUACGUCAGCGGGCAUCACCGAGGAACAGGAGAAGCUGCACGCCCAGAAGAAAGUGCCGGUGCUGCAGAGUCAGCUGGAGGAAUAUAAGAGCGCCCUCUGUCAGCUGCAGGCCCAGAAACAACGUCUACAGACCGAGACUGCUGUGUUGGAGCACACCAUCAAAAACACGCAGGAGCGCUACGACGACGAGAUCCAGACGUUCAAUGAGCGAAUUGACUCCCUGCGGAAGGAGAUCGAGGAGGCUGAGCGCUCCCUCGAGAAGUUCACCAGUGAAUGUCGUCACCUGGCCAUGUACCAGACGUCGCUUGAGAAUGAGCUGGAGAGGUACAAGAGGAUCAUCGAGAAUGAAGACAACAGGUUGAAUUCAGCAAUAAUUGGGACACCUAUUACCCUGUUCCCCACUGAUUUCCCCUACACACCUACGACAUCAAGCAAGGGAAAAGAUAUCACCCAGGUCAUUCACGAUAUCACCAGCGUCAAGCCCCGCCAGAAGACCCCAAAGAAAGUUCUCAAGAAGAAAGAGAUUACCCCAAAAGACGUGAUUAACAGUGGCCACGAGGACAGAAAUGGGCGAGCUGCUGUAGAGGCGCCAGAUGAAGAAACAGAGGGGGUCCCGUCUCUGGAAGUGCACGUGGAGACGGGGAAGAAAGUAGUGGAUAUGCCCUUGUUCAUGGUGUCUCCGCAGGAUGUCCCAGACGGAGCUCAAAUCAGCAAGGCCUUUGACACUCUGUGCAACAUCGUCAGAGACAGGAUGAGAAAGUACAAGAAGCCUGAGCCAGUCGCUGACUUCUACACAAAGGGACGCUACGUCCUCGUCACUGGCGACGGCAGCUACCCGGAUCCGCGCUUCUACACCUCCACGCCGUCAGGCGGCCGCAUCUCGGUGACUAUUAGAGAUGACAAGAGGCCUCGCUAUGAUCCUCACACCCCCCCUCAGCCUCCGCCUCAGCCUCCUAAGCCCAUAGUUGACCCCAGGCCUCCCAGUCCCACCCCACCCUCCAAGGGCGGUAAAGGAAAGCAUAAGAGUGGAGAUCCUCUUCCUCACUCUGCAGAUCCAAGCCCACUCCCGCCGCCGUCGGGCCCUCAAGAUCCCACCCCAGCUGCAGAUCUUCCCAAGAAAACCCGGGGCGACGUCGGGCCCACCCCAAAGCCUGCGCCUCGCGGUGCCAGCACCAGUUCUAGCUCCAGCUUCAACUCCAGCUCCAGCACCAGCUCCAGCAGCAUUACCCCGGAGGCAAUGAGCUACGAGAAGCUGGAGGUGAAGGAGUCGGUGGAGAAGUUCUCCAGCGGCCGUAAGGUCAAGGGUUACGAAGAGACAUCCGUGGUGAUGGAGACCCUGAUCGAGAAGUCCAGCAAGAAGAAGCAUUGAAACUACGUCGCAUGAGGAGUCAGUCAACUCCACCAGGGUCCUCUGCGGUUCAGGUCCUCUGACAAGACAACAAUAGUGAUGAAUAGCGCUCUUCCUCAAAAUACCGUGAAGUGAAACCGAUGCAUUUUUCCUCCGAAAGACACCAACUGGGCUCGAAGACCAACCACACAUUCCUGCUGUGAAAUGCAUUGCUCUUCCAGCUGCUUGCAGUCUCUGGUCUCUGGUCGUCUCCACGAGUUGUGUUGCUGCUGUUCGCCUUAACAUCCAUCCUGCGACUCCUUUACUGUCUGAAAACUUGGGAAAAUCAAAAGAAGAAUCUCCGUGCCACCAACACAAUAUAAAAAAGAAAAAAAAGCUAAGAA